AUGGGUCAGGUGCAGGGUAAGAAAGAUUCUAUGUUCGAUAAUACUAUUCGAACAUUUCGUAUUCUUUGGCUUGAUGCUCAAGUAAAUGCUAAUGACAAUAAUCGAGCUGUUCAACAACAUUUACGUAAAUUGGACAAAAAUCUUUCGACAUUUGAAAAUCAAGAAGAAUGUUAUAAGUAUAUUGUGUCCAUGUUGUCGGACGAUCGAAUUGUAUUUAUCGUCAGUGGUCAAUUGGGAAAAAAAAUAGUUCCACAAAUUCACCAAAUUCCUCAAAUUAGAUCGAUCUAUAUCUAUUGUGGGAAUACGACACUGCACAAACAAUGGGCAACAUCAUUUAACAAGGUUAAAAUUGUUGCUGACAAACUCGCCGAAAUUAUAGAACGAAUUCAAUCCGAUAGAGAAGCUAUCACAAUAGCAGAAGCAACAUCUUCGAAAAGUACAAAAUAUUGUACUGUAAUCGAUGAUCCCAUUGAUAAUCCGAUUGCAUUUCUCGAGUAUUUCAUUCGCAUCGAAUCAAGCCAAGCAGAUAUUGCUGAAUGCAUCUCAUUUUGUCAGAAUAAAUACAGAGAUGAUCAACAUGAACUUGAAUUAAUUCAAGAAUUUCAACAAACUUAUGCAUCUGAACGUGCAAUUUGGUGGUAUACAAGACAAUCUUUCGUAUAUAGAAUAUUGAGCAAGAUUCUUCGAGAAGAAAAUAUUCGUUUGAUCUAUCUUUUUCGUUUUCUAAUUGUUGAUAUUUAUCAACAAUUGAAACAGUGUCAAUGUCAAUCGGUCAUAAGAGUUUUUCGAGGACAAUUACUACCCGACAAGGAUGUCAUUUAUUUCAAAACAUUAGUAGGCAAAACUAUUACUGUUAAAUCAUUUUUUACAACAUGUUUAAGUCGUGAUCGAGCUCGAUCUGGUUUGAAAUCGUCAACAAGUGAGUUCAAACAAGUUUUAUUUGAAAUUAAUGCUACUCCUCGAUCAACUAAUCGUAAACCGUUUGGUGAUAUUAGCUUGUAUAGUGCAUUUCCUCAAGAAGGCGAAGUUCUAUUUAUGGCUGCAUCCAACUUUCACAUUGACGAUGUUCAUUAUGGUGAGGAUCAUAUGUGGAUCAUUCGAAUGACAUUAGCAUCUGCAGAAUCGCAGAAUUCGAAAGAAUUUUUACAACGAAUCGAUAUGAUGGAAAAGUGUGUUGGAGGACUUAAUCUUAUAUCAUUUAGUACAAUAAUGCGUCAUAUGGGUCAUGUUAACCGAGCUAAAAAUUAUUGUUAUCGUUUGUUUAAGGAACUUUCUUCAGAAAAUUCAUUAUCUGCUACAGUGUGCUUUGAACUUGCCGAAAUAGCCUCGAUUGAAGGUGAUCCAAAAGCCAAUAAACGAUGGUAUGAAAAAGCACUCGACUUCACCAAAAAAUAUAAUGUUGGUAAUGGCUCCAAUCAUGAACCAGCUCCAAAAUCCGCCUCUAUUGCAUCACGAUGUGUGGACAACAGCUUGGUUCCAGCACUUCAAAAUUCAGCAACACAACUCACUAUUACUAACCAUGGAAUGAUGACCAGUCAGCGUUUUACCAGUCUUGCAUUAGAUAAACACCAAGUUCAGCUUCCGAUUGAAGGUUACGAAAAGAUGCCGCUUGUUUCACUCGAAGAAGCAGUGUUACCACUCCUCGAUGUUCUACCGGAUAUACACGAAAUGGUACGUAUUGUCAAAACCAAAUGUGCGUUACCAGCUAACGGUCUAACAUCAGAUCAAUCCGCUGCAAUCAUGCUGUAUACGAUGGAGUGGGAACCGUCUCAAAAAUGUCUCUAUUUUGUGCUGAAUUCAGCCUUACGCACUGCUAAUCGACAAUUAAUCCAACCGUGGUUCCUCUAUUUAAAACUUGUUCUUACCGCUCUAUCGCGUCUACCAUCAAAACCCGGAACUGUCUAUCGUGGUGUGAAACUUGAUUUAAGUUCUCAACAUUUCAUAGGUGAGAAAUUCUAUUGGUGGAGUUUCUCAUCGUGUACAACGACAAUGAAUAUUUUGAAAUCGGAUCAAUUUCUUGGUGGUACUGGUAUACGUACUCUAUUUGCCAUUGAAAGUAGGAGUGGCAAAGACAUUAGUCAACAUUCUUAUUAUCAAGAAGAAGAGGAAAUCUUACUACUGCCUGCGACUCAAUUUCAAGUCAUUGCGUGUCUUCCAUUUGGACCAGAGGUACACAUUAUACAACUAAAAGAAAUCAAAUCUGAAUUUCCACUUCUUGAAUCUAUUAUGUGA